CUCAACACGCGGUCCGGAUACCUUCCCCUUUCCCAGCAAUAUCCCAAGCCUCAUCCCCUCUCUCUCUCUCUCUCUCAAUAUAAUCCACACCCUUCAACCCCACCAUCCAUCAAAUUCUCGCCCCUCCAAAACCCAGUCCCCGUUCCAGAAACUCCAUUUGCCUGUUUCCACUCCUCCAUCCAUUCCCUGUUUUCAGUCUAUUCCCCCCCCCUGCCGCUCAUGGAAUCUAAGAAGAACCGCCCACCGAUCGAGAUCCGAGAGGUUUGGGCCGAAAACCUAGAAGAGGAAUUUGCACUGAUCUCCGAUCUUGUGGAUCGGUUCCCUUAUGUGGCCAUGGACACUGAAUUUCCUGGGGUUGUGAUCAAACCAUCGAUAAGAUAUAAGAGAUAUUCUGACUUUCUGUACCACACGCUCAAGGCAAACGUAGAUGCUCUCCAUCUGAUCCAAGUCGGUCUCACCUUGGCUGAUUCUUCGGGAAAUCUCCCUAAUUUAGGCACUGACUCUCAAUUUAUUUGGCAAUUCAAUUUUAAGGAUUUCAAUCUCUUGAAACAUCCCUACUCUCCCGCCUCAAUCUCUCUCCUCGAGAAACACGGGAUCGAUUUUGAGAAGAAUUCAACCGACGGGAUCGAGUCCAGACUGUUCGCCGAGCUCCUGAUGGGGUCGGGUUUGGUUUGCAAUGAUAACGUUAAGUGGGUCACUUUCCAUAGUGCAUAUGACUUCGCAUAUCUGUUGAAACUAUUAACGUGGAGAGAGAUGCCGGGUGAACUUGAAGAGUUCUUAACAAUGGUUAGGACCUACUUUGGGGAGAUUUAUGACUUGAAACACUUGAUGAAGUAUUGUGGGGGCUUGCACGGUGGGCUCGCCAGGCUAGCUGAGUCAUUGAACGUGGACCGAGCAGUGGGUUCCUGCCACCAAGCUGGGUCCGAUAGCUUGCUCACUUGGCAUGCUUUUGUGGGGUUGAGGGAUCGGUUCUUUGGGGGCCUUACUGAGCCUUAUGCAGGGGUUCUCUACGGCCUUGAGAGUGCUUGCAACUAAGCCUAGUGACUCUUUGUUUUUUCUCUCUAUUCAUUCAAUUUGUAUAUCUAACAAUUCUAGAUGGUCGAAUUCAAUUUACCUUUUGGGAUAAUUCGAUGGUUUGAAUUUCUUAA